AUGGAGGAUCGAGUUGAGGCGACGUCCACAGACCCUAUUGUCGCUGCGGAGACGGCACACGGGCAUGCGCCACCGGCGAACGAUGCGCCUGCGCCACCACCAGGCGCCGAGCCCGCGCCAGACACGCCGCAGGCCGUCCCGGCGGGAGAUGGGUCCGCCCCAGCAAAACGCUCGCGCGGCGAUCCCGAGCGCAAGCGGCGCCGGCUGGACAGCGAGCUGAGCUUCUCCAGCCCCGGCCGCGCGUUUCAGAUUGACCAGGCAGAGGAGCCGGCGCCUGCGCCAAAACAGGAAGAGGGCGUGCGCCAUUCUUCGCGCACGCACCGUCCGUCGCGCCUCGCACUCGAGAGCGACGCAUACCCCCGGGCGCGCCGUGCAUCCGCCGAGCCGAAAAACGCGCCGCAGGACGACGCAGCGCGCCUCGAGCGGUGCCGCGCGCUCGAGGCGCAGAUCGUGCGAAAAGACCUCGACUCGACGUUCAAGGAGCACGACGCACUCGUUCGCGAGCUCUAUCACCUUACCAAGUUUGUGACACUCACUUCGUACAACCCGCAGGACGCACAGGAGGACAAGAGCGAGGUGUUUUUGCAGUUCCAGUCGCACUAUGACCUCGCCGCCCGCCUCCUCGAGGCCAAGAGCCCCGGAUCGACGCGCUCCACGCGGCGCUCCACGACGGAGCACCGCAAGGCUCUGGGGCUGGGAACACCACCUUCCGCGCCAUCGGGGCCGAGCACGCCACCAUCAGGGCCGUCGGGCACGCGCCCGUCGCGGUCCACCAGCACCGAGGCGCGGCGCGGCGCCGCGCCUCGGAAACGCCACGAGGCGCCGCUCGCGGGCGACGAGCAGAUCGGCCUCGUGCCGCUGUCGAGCGCCAAGCUCAACCCCAGGCACCCGCCGCGCCUGCCGCUCAUGUCCCCGCUGCAGCGGCCGCAGCCAGCGGCACACGGCGGCUCGCUCGCCGCCUUUUUCCAGUCGUAUGCGAUGUGGGACGACGACGUGGUCACGGCUGCAACACGCGAGCAGCGCAUUGCGCGCGAGAUCCAGCUGUACCAGCGCCUCGACCAGCUCCGGCAGCAGGGCAAGACGCUCGAGCCGAGCGGCACGAUCUCGCUCCAAAAGCUCAAGCCGCAAGAAGCGCAGCGCGAAAAGGCGCACCACGACCACAUGCUCGAUGGGGUCGUAUUCCGCGCACGGCGGAUGCACCAGUCCGUCAAGGGACGUAUCCAGCUCGCCAAGAAGGUGUCGCGCAUGGUCGCAGCCUACUGGGAGCGCUCGCUGCAUAGCGACGAGCGCGAGCAAAAGCUCGAGGAAAAGCGGCAGCGUGCACUUGCCAAGUGGACGAUGCGCGAAGUAAGCCGCCAGUGGAAGCUGGCGAUCACCGUCGUCCGCGCGCAGAAACAGGCGAUUGAAAAGGCAGAGCGCGAAAAACUGGGCAAGAAACAACUGCAGGCGAUUAUCGAGCAGAGCACACAGAUGCUCGAGACGCAACACGCUGAGCUUUCGAUGCGGUACAGCGAUGAGGAGGAGGAUGAAGAUGAGGAUGAAGACGAGGAGGAUGAAGGGGAUGAAGAGGAAGAGGACGAAGAGGAUGAGGAUGAAGAAGUUGAGGAUGAGGAAAACGAAGAGGACGAAGAGGACGAGGAAGAACUUGCCUCGGAAGCUACGCCCUCGGAAGCCCUGGCCGAUGUCUCGGUGCAAGAGAACAUGGACCAGGAGGAUGCGAAUCUUGAGCAGCAAAUGUGGCAAGACGACAUCGAAGAUGCGUCUGAAGACGAUGACCUUGCCGCGGAUGCAGAUCUUCCUAUCGAGGAGCUCAUGAAAAAGUACGGCUAUGGUGGAGACGGUCUGCAGCCCCCCUCUUUGGCCCCCAAGGAAAAGGGCGAGGAAGACGACGAAGAGGACGAAGAAGAAGAGGAUGAAGAAGAGGAGGACGAAGAAGAGGAGGACGAGGACGAAGAGGAUGAGGAGGUCGAGGAUGAGGAGGAGGAAGACGAGGAGGACAAAGACGAGGACGAGGCUGAAAACGACCAAGUCGACGACAUCAAACUCACCUCGUCCGUCAACGAAGCCUCUUCUACACCCCCUACCGAGCCCAAGAUCCAAGUGAUCGACUCCAAAGAUGACUCUCCGUCGGACGCGGACAAAGCCCAGGAAUCCGACAGCAAACGCGCCAAGAACAAGUCCGACUCGCCGUCGGAUGACUCGCUUCCCCUGGUGCGCCCUCCCUUCCUUCUACGCGGCACGCUGCGUCCCUACCAGCAAAAAGGUAUGGAGUGGCUCGUGAGUCUGUACAACAACAACGUAAACGGCAUUCUCGCCGACGAGAUGGGUCUCGGCAAGACGAUCCAGACCAUCGCCCUCCUUGCGCACCUUGCGUGCGACCGCGGCAUUUGGGGCCCUCACCUGAUUGUCGCGCCGACCAGUGUCAUGCUGAACUGGGAGAUGGAAUUUAAAAAGUUCCUUCCCGGCUUCAAGAUCCUCUCCUACUACGGCACACAGAAGCAGCGCAAAGCAAAGCGUGUUGGUUGGAAUACCGAGAACAGCUUCAACGUGUGCAUUACGUCCUACCAGCUUGUGCUCGCCGAUCAGCACAUCUUCCGGCGCAAGCCGUGGAUGUACCUAGUGCUCGACGAGGCGCACCAUAUCAAAAACUUCCGGUCGCAGCGCUGGCAGACCCUCCUCGGCUUCAACUCGCAGCGCCGGCUGCUCCUCACCGGUACGCCGCUGCAGAACAACCUGAUGGAUUUGUGGAGUCUCAUGUACUUCUUGAUGCCUCAAGGCAUCGCCGAGGUCGCUGCGGCGAGCGGCGCGUUCUCCAACAUGAAAGACUUCCAGGACUGGUUUUCCAACCCACUCGGCCGCGCUGCGGAGAACGCCGAGUCGAUGGACGAAGAGACGCGGCAGACGGUCGCCAAGCUACACACCGUCCUGCGCCCCUAUGUGCUGCGCCGCCUCAAGUCGGAUGUCGAGCGCGAGAUGCCGAAAAAAUACGAGCACGUCCUUCCGUGCCGUCUUUCGAAGCGGCAACGGUUCUUGUACAAUGACUUUAUGUCGCGCGCCAAGACCCGCGAGAGUCUCGCGAGCGGCAACUACAUGAGCAUUAUCAACUGCCUCAUGCAGCUGCGCAAGGUGUGCAACCACCCUGACCUCUUUGAGCCUCGGCCUACCGUGACUGCCUUUGUGCAGAGCCGCUCGGCGGCGGCAGACUAUGAGAUCAAAGAGCUACUCGUCCGCCGCCGGCUAUUGCAAGAGUCGGAUGACAAGGUGAACCUCGGCCUGCUCAAUCUCCAGUUUACGGACCGCGAGCCGCUUCUGACGCCGCUCGCGACGCGCCGCUAUCGCAACUUGCAGGCCUCGGAUGCCAUCGCCAAUGUCGCGCCGCCCGCACCUGCGCCGCCGCUCAGCGCGACGUCUGCGAGUGAUCUGCGCCAGGCGCUGGUACAGAAGCGCGCGAUCGACGCCUACGAGCACGCACAGCACCUUGCGUACUUGAACCGCUUCCGGUGCGACGUGCAGCCCAUCUACGGCCGUGGCGUGCUGCGCAUGGCCAAGGCGAUGCAGACGUCUCCCCUCCUUCCGAUGGACAUUGUGGCGAACAACACGGCGUCGUACUGGACGCGCAGCGAUGCCCUUAGCGACGCUGUGCUCUCCUACCACCAACGGAGUGCGCAGAUGGCCGAUACGCUGACGCGGUUUGCGUUUGCGACGCCCCCCGCGGUCGCGCAAGGCGUCGCCCAAGCAGCGCUGCCUGGUGUUGAUGCGGACGCGCUCGCGCUGCGCUCGCCUGCACUCGACCCUCUGCAUCGUGCUGCGGUGCAGCUCAACGUGUCGUUCCCCGACGCGUCGCUGCUGCAGUACGACUGUGGCAAGCUGCAGCAGCUCGACGUGCUGAUGCGGCGCCUCGUGCCGAACGGCCAUCGGAUCCUGAUCUUUACGCAAAUGACCAAGGUCUUGGACAUCCUUGAAAAGUUCUUCAACUACCAAGGCUAUCGCUACCUCCGUCUGGACGGUGCGACCAAAGUCGAGCAACGCCAGGUGCUCACCGAGCGCUUCAACCGCGACACGCGCAUUUCCGCCUUUAUUUUGAGCACGCGUUCCGGCGGCCUCGGCAUUAAUUUGGUCGGUGCCGACACGGUGCUCUUUUAUGAUCUCGACUGGAACGCCGCGAUCGAGUCGCAGUGCAUGGACCGCGCGCACCGUAUCGGCCAGACGCGCGACGUGCACAUUUACCGCUUUGUCAGCGAGCAUACGAUCGAGGAGAAUAUGCUACGCAAGGCGAACCAAAAGCGCCGCCUGGACAGCAUGGUGAUCCAACAGGGCGAGUUUACUACGGAGCACCUCAUGCGCAACGACUGGCGCGACAUGCUCGACGAGAACGGCACGUCGCUCGGCGGUGUGCGCGUCGGCGACGAGACCGACACGCGUUCGGACCGCGAGGUGGACCGCGCGUUCCUCGCGGCGGAAGACGCGGAGGAUGCUGCCGCGGCGCAUGCCGCUCAAGAAGAAAUGCAGCUCGACCAGGCCGACUUUGCGGCAGAAAGCGUGCCGCAUACGGACGCUCCAGCCCCCCCACGCGAAGCUACCGAAGAACGCACCGACGAGUCACCUGCGCCCGAAGAAGACUUGGUCGGCUCUGUCGAUGACUACAUGCUGAAGAUGGUCGAAGCCGACUGGGAAUUCUUUGGGGCAUAG